GGAGCAGUGGAAAUUUCUGGUUAAAAUUAUACUGCUUGCAACAGAAAAACAGGAAGCUAGCUUAACCACAAUGAGGAACAAACUCUAUGCGUACGUGCAAGACAGCACACACACACACACACCCAAAAGGUCAAACAGAGGGGAAUGUUAUGAAUUAAUCCAAUGCAUAUGUUUUAAGUAUAAUCAUGAGUUUUGAUGUGUUUUAUUGAACCAUAGGAUUAAGAAACAAUGCUGCAUAAUCAAAGUAUUAGAUGAUUGAGUGUUUUUUACUGAAAGUAUUUUUACAUGUUGUCUUGCGAUAUGAAACUGUCUCGAGAGGGCACUUCCUCAAAUUAGCAAAGAAAUAUGUUGCAAGAAACAUGUUGUUCUUUAGAAGCUUUGUUACAGAGAUAUGGAGCCAGAUGAACGUGGUAUAUGGUGAUUGGUUGCCGAGGGGAUACACUCCCACAAUUACAGAGGAACGCCCUGAAGAUCGAACGACGUCAUAUACUGUAUAAAUUUGCAUGUCAGGAAAUAAUCUGGGUUGCUGGUUUUUUGUGGCGGAGUGAGGAGAUUGUCUGGCAACCCAAAGCUUUGUUAUAACUUUUUACAUCUGAUAAUAAAACCUCAUAUUACUUUUGAGCAAAUUGUCUCUUCAAAUUUCUGAACAUGCAGGACUGCCUUAAAAGUCCAACAAUGUAAUGAACAACAUUUUACCAAACGGAUGGAAACAGUAAGUGGAUGUAAAAGCUUCACAUGACCACUCAUCAUCUCCACAUCUCUGAGGCGUCGGAAUACAGACCUUCAAAUCUCAGCAGCAGGAUCCGUUCGGCAUUGACAAGCGUGAAAGAAGCCUGGGGCUUUUUCUGCAUGUUUGGUUCCUCUGCCAUCCACCUGCUUGUUCCCAGUUCAGCGCUGAUAUAUUUGAUACUUGAAAGACUUUGGUUUUAAGGUGACUGACAUUGCUGGAGGGACCCACGCCACAUCAAGUGACAUCCAGACUUUGCGACCUCUCUUGACUUGGGCUAGUAAACCACCUAGCAACUAUUCAGACCACCCUAGCAACCGCACACAAUCAUCUUAUCUUCAUUGCGGUGGGUUUUGCACAGGUCACGAUCUGUUGUUCAGAGAAUCAGAAGUUCAGACUCUUGCAGCUGAGACACAACAUGGGAGAAAAAUGGACUACCGAACGGAGGAAACAACACUUCCUGGAAGAUCUGGAGGGUCUCCAGGGCUCCGACUGUCUGUCCUGUCCUCACAGAUGAGUCGUGAUGAAUGCAGAAGAUCCUUACAGAUCAAGGUUACAAUAAAGCUUGUCCUUGUGCAAAGAAAAUGUGUGUAUCCACUAUCCAGACUUACUGUACAUUAAGAAGACACGCUAAAGAAAAACAGAAGGAUAAAAGCUGUUGUAACUCUGAAAGGUCUCGCUGUGCCCUUCACCGCCCUCAAAGAAAUGUUCAUCCAAUGAAUUCCAGACCAGAGGGGACAUUUAAGAGCUCCAGCUGAAUGAUCCUGAAAUCCUGCAGCGUGUCUGCAAUUUCACCUGGUGGAUGAUGAAACGGACACAAAAUCCCACAGACUGACGCAGAAGGAUGAACGUGAGUCAUAGAGAGCAGAAUAUCACAGAUACGCGUUUGACCUGGGACGACCUUUGGGCUUUAAGCACCACCACAGAAAUUGAAGUUUGUACUGAAUUGAAUGGGAGAGAAAAAUCCAUCAAAAUAAAACUGCGGCUCAGAUGGUAAAGAUCUUAAUUUGCGUAAAUGACAUGAUCUCUGGACACCGACAUUCAACACAGAUUACCCUGCACAGGGAAUCAAACUGGUACAUCAUGUCUCGGUGAGUUUGCCUGCUGAACACGGUUCAGUUUCUGGCUGAUGGGAGCAGAUGAAGCUAAAGGAUGUUGAGCGCCACCAUUUGUUGGAAGCUUGAUGUCUGAGAGCGAGCAUCUUACGGGCCCUUUGGAAUCACAACACUUGUGUUCUUCGGUGAAACUCUUGAGAAGAAACGAGAAGAGAUGCUGAACAAGCACACAGAGAGAAAAGAACUUCUCUGAGUGUGAAAUCACUUCAGCCGGAUCUCCAGCAGAGCAACUGACCGUCUGAUCAUCUCACACAUGUUAAAGAUGUUAAACAGGUCUGAUGUCGAGGGAGCACUGGAGGUGGAUUUACUGCUGUCUGAUCAUGAUCUGUGUGACAGUGUUCAGAUCAGACUGGCUAAAGGCAGAUCAGUCAUGUGUUGUUUGGAUACUGAGAGUAAACUGAAGAUUAAAGACAUCACUGACAGCAGUGGAUCAGUGCACAGACUGCAGGAGUCUUACACAGAUUUUUGUUGGGAAGAUCUGUCGGAGCACGACAGACAAGAUGUCAACCCAAAGCUGCUUACCGUGGACUCUCAGUGCAGUCUGAGACUUUAUGGGAUAGAUCCACAUGGUCAAGUGUCUCUCGUGUGUGAGAGCCCUUCAGACACUUUACUGGAGUCUGUCAAAGACAACCAUUCAGAUGUGUCAGAGCUGAGGACGGUGAGACUGCUGUCAUUCAUGGAUGGCCGUUGUGUGCUGCUGGUGAACUCUAGUGUCGUGCUGCAGAUCCGGUGGACGGAAGACUCCUCACACCUGUCCAGCUGUCGGCUCGGUUUACCUCCUCAGACGCAGGACGAGUGUGUCGAUUAUCAUCUCUGCCGCGGAAUUCUGUUCCUUCUGUUCGGUUCUGGAGUCACAUAUGUGUUCGACAGCACUGAUGGGAAACUCAUGGCGACUGUGGAUUUACCGUCGUACUGCGGCGGGGGACAGACAGAUGCAGACUUUUCUCCACCUGUAACUUUUUGUCGUUUCCAGAUCUCGCAUGAUCUCAACGCCGCCGUGACCGUCACCUGCCACAACCAAGCGCUUGCCGUUGACCUGAAUGACUACUUCCGGGUGUUUCCAGAUCACCUUUGUUGUCGUGCGGCCCCCGAUCGUCCGCUCAUCAAGCCUGUGGAAUCAUGGGACCACGACAGCCUUUUAAGCUCCGCCCACAGCCUGUCAGUCCUGGACACGCCGUUCCAAACAGACAGGUCGUGGGAGUCUCGUCUGUCUUCUCUGUACAUCCGUUCUAAAGCCCCGGCGCGUCCGGCUCACAGGCUACCCUGGUACAAAGAUUUCCCCCACGUGGAGUGCCGUCGGGCAUCGGCCACUGCCAAACUCUCCCAGCCCUCCGUGAAGCCAGGGGGCGCUGUGAUGUGUUUCCACGUGCCGGAGGGAGCUACAGCAGCGAUGCUGACCGUCUCCGAGUUCUCCGCCGUGGUCACGUUCGUCUCCCCGGGGAACACAACUCUGGCGUACUGGGACCUGGAGGGUGAAAGUGUCACAUACCAUCGCACAGAGACCCCUGCUGUACCUGUCCAGCGCUCGGAUGAGGAACACCAGUGUCUGUUACUGAAGGGGUCUGGUCUGUCUGCCGUUUUGUUCUGCGUGACCCAAGAGGAACUUUUAAACAGGCUGAUGGUUUUUGGCACCGCUGGUACGGUCGACUCGCUGUGCCAUCUGAACGCCUGGGGACGCUGUUCGAUCCCCAUACACGCUCUGCAGGCCGGACUGAAGAACCACCAGCUGGACACGGUCGAUUUCUUUCUGAAGAGUAAAGAGAACAUCUUGAGUCCGACGUCCGGGUUCGUUCUGCCCGAUCAAGCGUCCGCGGUCUCCAGUCAAACCCAGCUGAGGAAUAUUCACGCUCUGUGUCCGGCGCUGGAUCUGCUGCACUCAGCGAUUCAAGACACGCACACGGAAGCUCAGAGUCGACAGUUCUGCGAACAGUUACUGAGUAUCACACUGACCUUCCUCAACACACAGACCAGAGUCCUCCUCACCGGAACACACGAGCUGGACGUCCACCUGCAGGAGUGCGUGCGGAUUUUAGACGGCUACAUUUCAGACCUGCGGGGUUACAUGAAGAAAUUUCCAUGGCCAGACGGGGGCGCCGCUGAAACGCCUGCGUGUCCUCACACCCCGACGUCUGAUGCAGCUACAGAGCGGGAGUGGCAGUCGAUGUCUGAUGAGGAAGUGGUUCAGCGUGCUGUAUUGAGCAGACGGAUUCCACACGCGCAGGCUUUCUUGCGCAGACGCUGUUCUGUUGAAUGCAGUCUGGAGGACGUCAGGAAGACAGGACUGCGACGCGUCUUCACCUGUCUCACUCGCAGAGACCUGCAGACGGCCGAGAUGCUGCUCGCUAACAUGGCCUUUAAUGUGAAGGAGCAGCUUCACAGUAUCUGUGUUCACACUGCUGAUCGGGAUCUAAGGGCGUUCAUGGUUGAAGAGCUUCAGAGGCAGAGUUACCUGUCACCUGGGGAGGUGAAGCAGGUUGAGUUCAUUAAAACCAUCGAGACUUUGUGCUCGACGCCCGCGACAAGAUGCUCGAACCCUUUGGACUCCAGCAGGGUUCUGCAGAUGACCCGGUCGGAUCCAGAGAGCAGAAGACUUCUGGAGGAGAUCGUACAAGACCCAGCGCGGUCCUCCUCCAGGUCCUUACUGGAUUGUGUGCGUCUGGACUGGAUCAGAUGCUGGGACACAGACGCACAGAGUUCAGUUCUUCUGUCCAGACUGCAGGACUCCACUCUUGGUUCAUGUGAUGCCGUCACGCUCUGGUCGUAUCUCACCUGUCUUCACGAUUGGGGUCGAGUCACCGCAUGGGUCUGCAGUAUGACUGCGAGAGAUACGGAGACCACCGCUGCCCCCCGCUGGCCUGCGCUGACACCACACAUCAUCAACAGCUACAGCCACUGCGGAGAAUACAUGCGCAAUCAAAUCCUGGACCUGCUCGCUCCGCAGGGGCUGUUUGUCCAGUCGGAGAUGGAUGACUUUGAGCAGUUGCUAUGGCGACUGGGUCAAGCUGGAGGAGUGAUGCGGGAUGGGAGCGGUCCCCCCGUCCCACAAUUCCUCUCUUCACAGGGGCAAGAGUUUCACCAGCGCUUCAUUCUGCACUGUCUGGAGAACAGUCUGCAGUAUCUGCUCUACACGUACCUGGAGCACUACAGGUUAACUCCCGGGAAUUGUCCAGGUCUGGACGACAGGAACUUGUUUGAAAGUUUCCCCUGGUUUGAAAUGAUGCUGAAGUUACAGAGAAUCCCCAGAGACCUCAAAGAUCCGGAGCGGGUGUUCCAGGCGAGUCUGACAGGAGCUCAGGUUCUGUUGCCCGGCAGUCAGGCGAGCAUUAGCAGCAUGUUACUGGAGGGUCACAGUCUGCUCGCCCUCUCUACAAUCAUGUUCAGACCGGGCGGCAUUGACCAGGCGAUGCGAGAGGGAGAGAGAGGUCAGGACCCUUUGAGUCGUGUGGACCCUCAGCUGUUGAGAAUGGCUCUGGGUGCGUAUCCGAAACUCAAAACGGCUCUUUUCCCCCAGAUCGGUCCCCGCGGGGCGUCCUCCUGUGAUAUAUCCCUCUAUCACCUCAUGCAGUCUUUGCAGCCAUUGGAUCCUUCCAGACUCUUCAGUUGGCAGGCGGGGAACGUCGCGGGCGGCACCGAAACAUCCUCCGAGCCGCCUCAUUUCUCCAGCCCUCAUCUGGUCAGCAGACACUCCCUCAUUGAGAACCUGGACUAUCUGUAUUACCUGAGCCACAGGCGCCCGGCGUUCGCCUACGGGGUUUUCCUCACACAACAUCUGGUGAACUGCAGUAACGUAAAGUCACGGUUAUCUCAAGCCGUGGAGCAGGUCUUCUCUUUAGCUCUGUUGAACUUCAGCUCCGCCUCCGUGACGGCGGCGUGUGUGUGUUUCUGCGAGCUGCUAGGCGUGUGUAGUCUCAAACUGAGGGUGGAUCUGAAAGCGCUCAACCUCAUCCUCAAACUCUGGAGCCGGAACUAUGAGGAUGGAGCCGAAGCCUCGUUCAGACAGAUGCUCGUUGAAAAGGCCGGUAAGCUGGUGUCCGAUGAGAAACACACGGCUCAGGAGCUCUUGGUCCACCUGGAGGAGGCAGUCAGAGAUGCUCUGGAGACGAAAGGCGUCGGUCGGUCAUCAUACGAGGCGGCGCAGGAUUGGGCUCUUCCUGUGAAGUUCUGUCAUCUCCACGCCCUGCCUCUAAGCUCCGCUUACCCGCAGGACUGCGCGUGUGAUGGACAGUGGAUCAACUUUCUGUUGUUUGUACAGUUACACAGUUAUCCUCCCCAACAGGUGAGAUCUCUGGCUGCCGGUUUCAGUCCGGCUCUUCAGGCUCACAUCUCUUUGGCGUUUCAAGACCUCCCGGCCAUAAGCCCUCACACGGGUUUGGAGGAGCAGGGGACGGUCAGAGAUGACAACCCAGAAGCUUCUGGAGAACUGUUUCAGGUUCUGCUGAAGAGUCAAGAGAAAGCCAGUCCCUGGAGAUAUCUGCUGUCUGAAUCCGUCCGUCAUCACAGUCCUGCGCUCUCCGUACUCGCCGCCUGCCAUCAGGGCGCAGAACUGCUUCAGUGUCUCUGCGUUUGGAUACUGACGUCCGUAGAGGACGAGAUCUCCGAGGAGGCCACCGCUCACAUCGACGAGAACCCCAGUCAUCACGUGUGGAACCUCCAUGACCUCUCCAUCUUAUGGAAGACCCUCCUCCACAGGAGCAAGAUCAGGCCUCUGAUUCGUGGAUUCCAGCUCUUUCAGAGGGAGUCUCCACUGAUUUACAUGUUGAACAUGUAUGAACUCUGUUACGACUACAAAGAUUAUCAGAGAGGCAAAGACAAACUCCUACAUUUCCAGAAAUGUCUGCUGAACUUGCGGAGCAGCAGUGUCGUGUUGAGCUGUGACGUUCUGCCGGUCCAGUGGGUGGAGUCUCAAGCGUCGGUUCUUCUGUUGGUUCUCCUGAAGCAGAGCAGAACUCAAUACGAGCUCAGACGUCUUCUUCAGCUGCUGGUGGACAUGGAGCGUCUUCUCAAAUCUAACGGUCCAGACUUUAAGAAGCUCAGUCAGUUGAGUCAGGUGCUCUCAGAUACGCCCGUCCCGCUGUCUCCGUGUCUCCUGGAGGAUUAUUCCACCUCCGCUCUGCAGGGGGAGUGCAGGAAGAUGCUGGAACAGCUGCAGGACACGGGACUCUUCACGCAGGCCAGGAAAGUUGCGCAGUUGGCCGAGCUGCCCGUCGACUGCCUGAUUAUAAAUGAGCUCUUGCGAGAUCUGUCCGCUCUCAAAGCCAAGCGUCAGUGGGACAGACAGGAAACCCGUCUGGGGUUCUGGAGGAAGUGUCAUCAUCAGCUGAAGACGGAUUGUGUCGACCCUGAGACGGCCUGCCAGUUCUUUCUGUCUCAGGCUGAGGAGCCCUUGCAGUCGGAUUCAGAGGUCAUUCAGCUUCAAGAACGCUGUCUUCUGCUGGGCCUGGCGGGUCAUUGGCUGUCAUGCCGUGAGUCUCCGCUGCCCGUCCUGCGUCUGGCACAGCUGGAGAAACGACAGUGGGAAUAUCGCAUCCGAUGGCUGGUCCUCCGCACGGCUCUGGAACGAGAGAGUUUGUUCGCUCCCUCCGCGCUCUCGGAAGAUUCCUUCGAAAACCUCCUGAAAGAGUUUUCCUUUUCCAAAAUGGCCGUCGUAAACGACCAGGCGCAUCUGAGUCUGGAGGGUCUUCCGGCGAGCGAAGACGACUGCGCGCUGUCCGAACAAGACCGUAAAGCUCUGAGCGCUCUCGUUGGCCAGCUGCUGAACGAAGGGAGCGUGAACGAAGCGAGUCGAGUGUGUCGAUACUUCGGCUCGUUUCACAGAGACAUGUGGCUGGUUCUGAGGUGUCGUGGGUUGGCGUGUGGAGAGCUGCAGCCGGGACUGCCGGAGCUUCACAGUCCGGAUGGAGAAUCUAGACGCAGUUUGCCAUCAUCUCCCAGUACGAGCAGUCUGUCGUCAUUUGUGGUGGUUUCAUCUCCUGAAGAUGCCGUCUUGGUUCAACUCAAGCAGCUGGUGGAUCAGUGCUGUCACGGCAAGAGUUACUGCAAACAGGUUCUCAGCCUCUACGAGCUUUCAAAGGAGCUGCAGUGCACAUACGCAGAGAUCUCGUCUGAAGAACCCGAGGCGGUUCUGCGGAAGGUUCUUCUGUCUCAGCAGUCGGAUCGCUGUAAGAAAGCUCAAGCGUUCAUCAGUGUUCAGGGCCUGCGCUCCGAUGCCGUGGCUCAGCUCAUAUCUUCAGCUGUGGUGGACGGUCUGCUCAGCUCAUCUCACGAGGGUCAAACAGGAGAGCGUCUCAUGUACGGGCCGGUGGACAGCAGGGAGGAGUUCAUUCAACUCGCCAAACUGUGUGGAGAUCCAAACCUGGUGGGAAGCAAACUGCUGGAGAUCAUCUCCACCGUUCCUCUGUCAGAGCUCAGCUGCACUGUAGAGAUCUUGAUUUUAGCUCACGAUUGCUUCAGUCUCACCUGUAACAUGGAGGGUAUCGUGAGGGUCCUGCAGGCUGCCAGACACCUGAGUCACACACACCUGGCUCACGGCGAAGGAUACGGACUGCUGGUGCGUCUGCUCACAGGUAUCGGCAGGUACAAUGACAUGACGUAUAUCUUUGACCUGUUGCAUCAGAACCAUCGGUUUGAGAUGCUGCUGAGGAAGAAAGUGGAAUCGAACGUCAGACUGAAGACGGCCUUGUUGGAUUACAUCAAGCGUUGUCUGCCGGGGGACAGCGAGAAGCACAACAUGGUCGCUCUGUGUUUCAGCAUGUGCCGUGAGAUCGGAGAAAACCACGAGGCCGCUGCGAGAACACAGCUGAAGAUCAUCGAAUCCCAGCCGUGGGCCAUCACUGGAGAUCUGAAGAACACUUUAGUGAAGGUUCUGACUUUACUGAAAGACGCGGCUGAGAGCUACUCAAAGGACUCGUGUGUGCGUCAGGCUGUUAAAUGUGUUAAAAUGGCCAAACUGGUCACUCUUCAGUUGCAUUUCUUGAAUCACGGACAGGAGCUGCGUGUCAUCAAUCUGAGGCCGUCUGACCUCCAGAGCGCCAUUGUUUCUCUACCGCGCUGUUACCAGGCGUUCGUGUUGGCCGAAGCGUACGACCACAGCCCGGACUGGGCGGAGGUUCUGUUUCAAAAGAUCAUUGUGAACGGUGAAUUCGGCUACCUGGAGGAGUUUAAACGCCACAGAUCGCUGCCCACCAGCCUGUUUGAGGAGAUCUCGAAAAAAAUGUUGCAUCACAAGCCGCCGGCGAGUUCCAGUCAGAAUCUGAAGAGGCUUUUGUCUCACUGUGAGGACGUUUACACGCAUUAUAAACUCGCGUACGAGCACAAGUUUCUCGAUGUGGCAAACAUGCUGCUUCAAGACUCCAAAACCAACGGCUUUCUGAACGACAGACUCGGCACUUAAUACACGAGCACAUCUUACAAGAGUUUCUCAACUUUUCUACACCCAUGACUGAAUCUGAUUUAGUAAAUAACCUUUACUAAACCUUAAAAAUGUAUGUAUUUUGCACUUUGCAGUAUUUGUACUGAAAAACAGUUUACAGUGACUGUAAACGUUUGAGUAUUAAACGUUCAGAGGAUUUUCAUCUGGUGUGUGUGAAUUGACCCUCACGCAGAGAUACAUUCUGUCAUAAAACUAUCAAUGGUUUCUGAGGUUUACCCCGUCACUGCGGAUUUACAGCCGUUGUUUGGGUGGCGUGAGACCUUGGUGUGUUUGAUUGAGAUCAGUUCUGCUCGUCGAUAGGAUGCAAUGAGUGAACUUCACCUCCAGAUGCUCCAUGACGCUUAAAUCAUCCUCACAUUUGACUAUUUCUGUGACCAGAGCUUCUGUUCAAAAGAUUUUAAAAAGCUCUCUUGGCAGACUACUAAAUCCUGUGUUAAAGCAGCUGAUGCUGUUUUAUAAAUGUUUGUAAUAUAUGAGACGUUAAUAUUAGAGUUAUGAAUAGAAAAGGCAAGAAUUGAAUUGGCUCUGAAGACAUUAAUAAAAUGAUCUGAUCAUUUAACCUCUGGACACGAAGGCUAUUUGGUCCAAUAAAACUAAUGUGCUCUCCUAAUGGACUCUUAAACAGAUGUUAGAGCCACUAAUAAAACUCCAGUACAGUAAGCAAUACAACUAUUUUCAAACUCGCAAAGAUCUACAGUAAAGCAGGAGAAAUCUCAGAUUUAUUAUGUUUAAUGGUCUGUAAUAGUGCCUGUUAUGUUUGUUUAAUAAAUGCGUGUUUUUCACAUCUUGCGUUCAUCUCAGGUCAGGUGGAUGUAUGUUUACACACAGGCAUUUACUCUUUAAAGUCUGAAUGCCAUUUAUUAAUACAACUUAUGAGUGCUGUAACAUAAUAUCAAAUCAUAGUAAUGUAUGAUGUAUAGAACCAUUUUACUUCCCCAAAACUCAAAAAUAAUAAUUUCUUUCUUACAUUGUAUAGUCUUUUGUGUAACAGAAAGGUUGUGUGGAUAUAAGGUUCUUUGUGGAACUAUACAGCUGUGGUGGGUUGUAUGUAACGUGUCAUUGCGUUACAUGCAUACGUGUCCGUCUCUCUAAUGCCUUCGCGUUGCGUGCAUUCGCGUUAAUAACGUCCGUCUGUCCGGGCCCAAGCGUCCAUUCCGGCCCCAUACAUUAGCGGCCCUCCGGGACAAGUUCCGAUACUCCAGAUGGCCAGUCCGCCCCUGGUCACGGCCGUUCUGUACUUUGUCAGAAUGUCGUACUGGUCAGUCCGCCCCUGAUUUUAGCCUUCUAAUACAGUGACAUUCAGAAGUUAUUGUGUGUGUGAACUAAGAGUGUAAAUGCUUUGUGAAUAAGUUAAUGAUUGAAAGAAUGUGGUUUAUUGUCAGGUAUGUUUACAAACACGAGUAAUUUUUCUUGGUUAGAGAAGCUUAAGCAAAAUAAAAUAAAUGAAAAUGUGUAAAAUAAACGAUACAAAUUUAACGCAACAGACAAAACUGUCGAUAGCCUACAAGCACACAUACAGACGCGACAUGUUCAACAAUUAUGUGGCAAGUUUGUUUUAAAUAAAUCAGAUGGAUGCA